AUGCCCUGUAGAUUGCUGGAAAUGCUAAUCCAGGUGGUAUUUGACUCCAUGCACGAGAGGCUGCGUACACAUGCUGAAUCUGUUGCUUCCUUUGGAGGUGGUGCUCGAGAAAAAGUGAUGAUUGAGUCAAGAUUUAAUGAGCUUCUUGCUCAUGCUAAAAUACUUCUGAGGAAGAAAUGGUUAUUUGGAGUACUGGAUGACUUUGUCACCAAACAACUACCCCACAAUGUUACUUGGGGAUUGAGCUUGUUAUAUGCUAUGGAGCACAAAGUUGAUCGUUCAUUGACUUCCACUCAAGGUGAGCUUGCACAAGCAUUGCGGUUUUUGGCAUCAGUUGUAUCUCAAAGCUUCUUGGCCUUUGGUGACAUCUUGGAGCUGCAUAGAAAGUUCAUCGAACUGUCUGGUGGUGUUCAUUGGAUUUUUGAACUUGAGGAACUUCUUGAUGCUACACAAUGCCAGAAAGUUGACUUGCGAGAUAGUAUCAGGGAAAAGCCUUCUUCUUACCGGUGUCUAUGCUAUAUAAUGAUUGGUUUUCCACUUUUCAUGGUGGAAGUGGACAGAGGGUUUCUCUUUCACAGGUUGAUGAAAGCGAAUAGAUCUGAAGUUAGAAGAGGAAAAGAAAGCUCAAGCUGA